UUGUAACCAUGAUAUUUACGUCGUUAUCUCUUAUCGCAACAUCUAAAGUUCCAAGCUUCAACCUCUACCUUCCUCAAAUCAACGAAUAUCCAUACCCAACUCUAUAAACAUCCUAUUGCUCCUUAGUAAUUCAUGCUCUUCUUUUUAGAGGGCCCAUUAUUUCACAAGCUCCCAUAAAAGCACAGCCAUAUUUCCACGAAACCUCAAUAAACGCAUCCUAAACAACCACCACCACACCUCCUAACCUUCCCUUCCCUCCCCUAACCAACCACAAUGCCAUCAGAUCUAUCCAACUACCUCGCAACGCACUACCUCAUCGCCGACCCCAAGCCCUCCAAGAAGCGCAAGCGCAAGCAAAAAGACGACUCCUCAGGCCUCAUCAUCGCCGACGAAACCGAAUCCGGCUGGGCGCGCGCCAACCGCCGCGACGACGACGACGAAGACGAAAAUGGCUCCGCAGUAGUAGCCGGGACCAGCGCCGAGUUCCGACGGGCGAAGAAGUCCGCGUGGAAAACCGUCGGCGGCAGCGCGUCCAGCAACACAGACUCCCAAACCCAAGCCCAAGCCCAAGACACCGAAACGGCAAGGGCAGCAGACGCCAUCCUCGCCUCCGCCGCCGCCGAGACAGCCGCCGCCGCCGCCGACGAGGACGCGUCGGACGCCCCCGCGGUCAUGAUGUCAGACGGCACGCACGCGGGCCUGCAAAGCGCAUCUGCCGUCGCCGCACAGCUCGAAGCGCGGCGGCGCGCCGAGAGGGAAGAAUACGAGCGAGAGCGAGAGCGAGAGCGGGGCCAUAAGAAGGGCAAAAGCGGCGAAGCAGAAACGAUAUACCGGGACGCGACGGGGCGACGCGUAGACGUGAGCAUGAAGCGAGCAGAGCUACGACGGGAGGCAGCCGAGGCCGCGGCCCGCGAAGCCGCUAAGACGGAAGCCCUGCGCGGAGAAGUCCAGAUCGAGGCGGCGCGGCGGCGGCGCGAAGAGCUCGAGGACGCGAAGGUUAUGACUGUGGCGCGGCACGCGGACGAUGAGGAUAUGAACCGCGAGAUGAAGGAGCAGGUGCGGUGGGGUGAUAGCAUGGCGCGGUUUAUAGAGCCUAAGGGGGCGGGAGACGGAGGUGGAGGUGGGAAGACGAGGAAGUUGAAGGGCAAGCCGAUAUACCAGGGCGCAUGGACGCCGAAUCGAUACGGCAUCCGGCCGGGGUAUCGGUGGGAUGGUGUCGAUAGGGGGAACGGGUUUGAGGCAGAGAGGUUCAAGGCUAUCAACAGACGGGAGAGGAACAAGGGCUUGGAAUACUCGUGGCAGAUGGACGAGUAAUAAGCAUUUACAAGGUAAAUCUACGAUCAUGCACGGGAUAGGGGAUUACGAUCAAGAGUUAAAUUAGUAAGAUACCAACUGUCUAAGGCAGUCAACACAGCAAGCCAUAGCGCAACGCAAAUUGUAUAACCUAAUA